UUAAAAAUAAUAAUAAAAUUAAUAAAAAGUACAUUUUUUCUCUUUUUUUUUUACAGAAAACUUGAUCAAGAAAAACAUAGUCAUAGUUAACAUAGUCAUAUAUAUACAAAUAUUUUGUUCUUAUUUAGAAUUAUUUUGUAGUUUCUCUCAUAUCCCAUACUUGUUGUGGGCGGUCAUGUGGCCCCCUGAUGGUGAUGAUGUUGCCCAUCCCUGAUCUAGAAACUAUGGCUGCACAAUAUUAGUAAGGAUUGGGUAUCUGUUGAACUCUCGUGCAUUUCCCACUCCAACUGAAUAGUAAGGCAGCACGCAGGAGCUUAUGUCCACAAAACAAGGAAUAUAUUGUUUCCUAAAUGGUCCAACAAUCAAUUAAUUUUUGUGAAUGCUUUCAUCCACUGAUAUUCAAAGCUAUCUGGAUUUGGCAAGUGAGGAUAAAGCUUCCGUUGGAUGUUCUUCUUUUGCAAAAUGAGGAUGAAAAGGAUAAGAAAAUAUCUGAUUCUGAUGGUGGCCUCGUGCCUGAUAGUGAUCCUUCUCUGGACCAGCCAACAUCCUCCCCCUCCACCCUCCAAUGAUGUUCAGCUCCUCACUCAAGACCAACUGAGUCCCAAUAUGCCACCCGCCGUCUCGAGACGUAGCCUCCGCCCCUGGCCCCCAUGCCAUCGGAACCGGUCCAUGGUCAACAUCACUGGCUUCUCCGACCUCCCUGUGCGCCUCCAGAACUUCCUGUCUUACCGGCACUGUAAACACUUUCCCUUGAUGCUCGACCUUCCCCACAAAUGUGGAGUGACAGAUGGAUCUGACAUUUUCCUUCUGCUGGUCAUCAAGUCCCAACCAGAGAACUACGAGCGGAGACAAGCCCUCCGGGCGACCUGGGCUGAGGAGCGGAAACACAACGGGGCCUGGAUCCGCAGGGUCUUCAUCUCGGGGACACCGGGUGCUAACUUGCAGAAGCAGUGGAUGAACCAGCAAAUGGAGGUGGAGAACAGGAACUAUGGUGACAUUCUCCAAUGGGACUUUGAGGAGUCCUUCUUGAACUUGACCCUGAAGCAAGUCCUGUUCCUUGAGUGGCUGGAGGACCACUGUCCCCGGGCCCACUUCCUGCUCAACGGUGACGACGACAUCUUUGCCCACACAGACAACAUGGUGGAAUACCUCCAGGGUGUCAACGGAAGCCGUGACAGUGACGAGCACCUCUUUGUGGGAAGCCUUAUGGAAGGCACUGGGCCUGUUCGAGAACCAAACAAGUACUUUGUUCCCGUUCAGGUGCAGGCAUCGGACACCUACCCUGCGUACUGUAGCGGGGGAGGCUACCUGCUGUCCCGCCACACGGCCAAGGUGCUAUUCGAGAUGUCCAAGUCGGUUGCUCUGCAUCCCAUCGACGAUGUGUACAUGGGGAUGUGCCUGGCCAGGGCAGGACUCAAACCCUCCUCCCAUGUUGGCAUGAAUCCCGGAGGACUUCGCCUCCCACCGAAAGUGGACCCUUAUGACCCGUGUUUCUUCAAGGACGUUCUGAUGGUGCACCGCUUUCAGCCGCACCAGAUUUUCGUCUUGUGGGACCAAGUUCAUGAUCCUAAACUGAAGUGUUAAACUGUACAACUGAACUGAACUCUGCUGGGCCGUCAGAAAAGGAUGACAAUACAUGAAUUGGGAAGGUGUGUGUCUAGGUAUGUGUGUGGGAGCUUGCAUGUAUGUUUAUGAAUGUCUUUCAUAUUGGUGCACACUGUUCCCCUAUAUUCUUGUUCAUGAGUGGUGGCACACACCAAAAAGAACAAAGUCGAACGAGGUGCGCGGGAAGGCAUAUUGCCGUUGUCUGCUUCGAUCAGAUGGCGCAGCAGGCGGCCUGCAAUUGAUUCCUCUAUAAUCCCAUUCGAAUUUCAUUAGUAAUUAUUUAUAUAUUCUAAUUAUAUUCGAUUUUGCCACAAAUGUUUGGCCUGUUAAGCCCUUUGAGAUUGUAAUGGUGAUUAAGGGCUAUACAAAUAAAAUUGAAUUGAAUUGAAUUCAACAAUUGAUGCUAAGAUUGUGCCUAUUAUUGAUACUUCCUAUGUACCUAUACAAUGAACAUACAGGUGUAUGUAUGGCCAAUGCCACUAUUAAACGUCCUGUCCAGUAGAGGGCAUCCUAUCAAUAAACAUAUUUUGCUUAUGUUGAUAAUGUGUUACAGUUAGGAUUUAAGAUAAAUGAAAAACUGAUGAUUUGUUUGAUCUUGAUUUAUUUAUUUAAACUAAAAUUCAUUCAUUUGCAAUGAUGUCGAGUGAAUACAUUUGAAUACAAAGUACAGGGGAAUACAAAGGAUACAUAGAUUUAGGAAUUUAGCAGAAAUAACAGGAUAAAAAAUGUUAAGAGCAGAAAAAACAAACAAACAGACAAUUAAAAAUAAAAUAAAAAGAUUACGUGAA